UCCGCAGGUCAGUGUCUCAUUCCAAUGGAACCUGGAUUAUAUGUCUGAAAUAACGUGAUCGCAUUUAAUGUGUUCACAUCGGAGGGAUCGACCACGACUUGGAAGCACCCGGCUCUCUCUGAAUCAUGAGGACAAUGAAGCACGUCCCGAGGAUGGCCACGUAUGUGCUGCUGGGAAUUGUUUUAAUCUGGUGUCUGCUUCUGCAGUAUGUCAUUCUGACUAAAGUUGACCUCAAGGGCAUCGGUGUGACUACUGACAAGGGACCAAAUGGUAAAGUGUGGGCGGAAACACAAAGGGCUGAAGAUGUAAUGAAGAUUUUCCUCCAUUUCAUGGACAACCUCCUGAACACCAUAGAGCUGUCUGACAAUUUAUCUCCCGCGCCACCUGUGAAGGACUACAAAGCAGAACUACUGGCACUCCAGAUUAAAAUGGAGGCAGAGAAAGGGGAGGCAAAACUGAAGGAUGACAUGAUUAAGGAGCUGCGUUCCGAUAAACUCCAUCUGCUGCAACAAGUGGCUCACUUGGAGGAACUUCUAAAGCUGCACAUGGAGCGGGAAGAGAAGAAAAGUCAGUCAGUAAACUCAGAUGAUCAAAUCAUAGAGGAUAAAAACUGUCCACUGCCACCUAUGGACAGUUACCCGGAAUGUCUGGGAAAAUUGAAGUGGAUGAAGGAGAUGUGGAGAAGUGACCCUUGCUACGGCAGCCACGGGGUGAACGGUUCUCUGUGCUCAUUCCUCAUCUACCUCAGCGAGAUAGAGUCCUGGUGUCCUGUGCUUUCAGGCCGGGUGGUCCCCUCAGCUGUGGUGAAAAACUCAAAGCUGGACUAUGACUUUGCGGUGGUGCAGAACAGCUUAGAAGGUCUAUACCCAUCGCUAGAAAACCGAAUUCAAUUCAAAUGGAUCAGCCAAAGGAUCCGCAGCAUGGAGGGGAUCUGGGUGGAGGCUGGACGCUCCCUUUCCGCCAAAUACAACCUCACACAGCGGAAAGCCAUGCAGAUCUUGGUGCAUCCUGGCGCGUUGACCACUGAGUCAAGUCUUAAAAUAGCAGAGAACGCUUUCAGCGGUGGUCCCCUCGGGGAGCUGGUCCAGUGGAGUGACCUCAUCUCAACCCUUCACAUCCUGGGUCAUCAUCUUCACCUGUCUGCCUCCAUACCCGACCUCAAGUCUGUUCUAGGAGCUGACACAGGCGGCUGCCCGCCUCGUCACCCAAAACCGGAAAUAAACCUGAUCUAUACGGACAUCAUUGGUGUGAGACAAAUUCAGAAAGCACUUCAGACAUCCUGGCCUAAGUACAAGUGUAGGAUUCGUGUGCUGGACUCUUUCGGCACUGAGCCAGACUUCAAUCAUGCAGACUGGGCCAAAAAGUACAACCUGAAAAGUCCAUUUGGCGGUCUCAAUAUGAUCCCAAUGCAGUUCUACACCAUGUUCCCUCAUACACCUGACAACACAUUCGUGGGCUUUGUGGUGCAGCACCAGCUGACCUCUGAAGAAAUUAAGAGGCUGAAUUCUACCAGGAGACAAAACCAGGCUCUCGUGUAUGGCAAGAGUGCCAAGUUUUGGGAGGGCAAAGGGGCUUAUCUGGAUGUUAUCCACAAGUACUUGGACGUCCAUGGGACAGUUGAUAACAGUGCCCCGAUUCCAAGCUACGUGAAAAACCAUGGCAUUGUCAAAGGGACUGAAGUGCAGACUCUGUUGAGACAAAGCAAGGUUUUUGUGGGGUUGUCGUUCCCAUACGAAGGCCCCGCCCCUCUGGAAGCCUUAGCCAAUGGCUGCGUCUUCCUGAACCCCAGGUUACAACCUCCACAGAGCAGCCUGAACUCGCAGUUCUUCAAAGAGAAGCCCACCACGAGACAGUUGACAUCUCAGCAUCCUUACGCUGAGGCCAUAGGAGAGCCCUACGUGUGGAUGGUAGACAUGAACAACAAAACAGACAUAAAGAGAGCUCUCACUGCUAUACUUAACAAAACUAUUGAGCCCUACCUCCCCUAUGAAUUUACCUGUGAAGGAAUGCUCCAGAGGGUCAACACCCUCGUUGAAAAACAGGACUUCUGCUCCAGCACAAAGAGCUGGCCGCCGCUCAGCGCCCUGCAGGUAGUGAAGGCCGAGGCGGGCGUUUCUUGCAAACAGGCAUGCCAGCGGGCGGGACUGAUCUGUGAACCUGCAUUCUUCCCAGACCUGAACAACGCAGAUAAUCUCGCAAAGUACGGUGUUGAAUGUCAAACGUCGGAUAUCUCUAACAGUCAUGUGGUGCUUCCAGCCUACAACAGCAGCAGCCAACAGUGUCUGCUCCAGUCCGAUCACCUGCUCUUCAGCUGCGUGAGAUCGCACGAGUCACUGGUUCGCAUCUGCCCCUGCAGAGACUACAUUAAGGAUCAGAUAGCCUUAUGCAAGGCAUGUGUCUAGCCUUUGAGGAGAAAAGAAAAACCCACGUACAGUACGAACGUGGGUUUUAACUUAAUGUCCAGACAAAAAUUCUUUUAUUAGGGACGUUUGUUUCUGGAUUCUGGCAGCUUCGCUUUGGGACAUGAAAGUAACGUGAAGAUUACUUUCUCUCAUGUCAUACAAUCACACUCCUAAGUAUUUUAAAGAUACCAGUGUUUAUCAUCUGUUAUGGAUGGCACAUCAUCGCUUAGAUACACUAAUCUCAGUAGUGACUGUGUAUUUCUUUGGAGCCUCAUUACAGAUGGCCACACACUCAUUACACAUUUUCAACAACAUUUCUGUUUUACUCUGUCUCUAUUUCUCCAACACAGCAAUCCUUAAACAGUACUCAAUAUGUUGUCAUUUGUGCACGUGUUACAAUUAACUGUGACUGUCUCUUUUUCUCCCUGCUUAUACCGGGGAGAAAAAAACUUUUCAUGUACCGAUGUAAGAUUGCUGUAAGGGGGCUGGAAAGCUUCAUCGCUUUUUCGUCAUAUCACACACUAAAUUAACGGCUGUUGGCAUUAGUAUCUGAGCUCUGCUCCGGUCUCUCUCUUAAUGAUGUGAAAUGUCCGCAGUCUUCCACAAACUCGAGAAAUAGAAAGCAGAUAGAGUGACUCAAGUCCCAUUUUUACCAUCGCCUCCUUGUGGGUUACUUAAAUGUACAUUGUCUCAGCAGAACAGGUUGAGUGCAGGCUUGAGGCGAUGAUGCAAAAGUGUGAAAUUUAAUUUUAGGAGGUGAGACAACAGACUGAAGUAGAGACAUAUUUAUUUCUUUUAUUAUGGAAGCCCUGAACAGUCUUUGAAGUAUGUAUUCCCAAAAAAGAAUAAAUAGAUCAGCUUUGGUCUGACAGAUCACUAAAAAGAAAUAGUUCUUACACUUAUUCUGUAUGCAUGGUACUGCCCAGAUAUACAGCGUGAAUGCUGGAUACAUACAGAUGGCACAAGUGAAGAGGAAAGGCUUCUGUCAGGUAAAUUUCAUUAAUUACUUGUUGAGAAUUUGGUUUAAAGUAUCAUUUCAUUGCGGUUGCCUGCUACCAUUGGCUAGGCUAGUUAGCUGGUGUCUUCUUGUUGGUUGCUAGCUGGUAGCUGACUGCUAGCCUGCUGGUUGGUUUUCUGUUGGUCUGGGCUUCUAAAUAUCUAAAUGUGCACAAGAGAUUGUAACAUCUCAUCCUGUGUAAUCAUGAAUACAGGAGUUCUUUUCUGACUCCCUUAGCAAAAACUGCCAACUGUAAGCAGGUUUUGUUGCAUUGCUAGCUCUCUCUCUAGCCAUACUAUUGUUAGUAAUACAGUGCUUCUGCUUCUUCAUGUGGACCUUUGCUUGAGCAAAAACAGGAGGAGCAAAACAAUGGUCCAUGAAGGGCUUUUUAAACCACGCUCAUUCAGCAUCCUCCAAUCAAUGCUCGGCAUACAGGUAGCUUAAAGGCAGUGUAUGUAAUUUAUUCUUGGUGUUAUUUUGUUCAAAUUUGAUAAUAGCCUGUUGGGGACAGUGUACCUGUCUGAGCAAGAAAACAAAAAUGUCUAGGUGGCUUAUUUGACAUGUUUUCACGCUGGGUUGGAUGUUGGGUUUAAGCACAGCAACCCCUACAGGCAGAGAGAGAGUAUAGCACUACACAUGCAGACAUAUAAACCCAUUUUCCUACAUAUUUAUAUAUUUGCCCAAAACAGAGACGCAGUAAUUGAGGUAACAGUAAUGGAUGAGUAUGUUGCUGCAUGUACACUGAUUAGGUACAAAAUUAUGUCCACCUUCCUAAUAUUGUGUAGGUCUCUCUUGUGGCUCCAAAAGAAUGGACAUGGGUCUUCUGAGGGUGUCCUGUGGUGUCUGGAAACAGGAUGUUGUUAGUGAGGAUCUUUGGGUCCUAUGGGUUGA